CUACUAAAGUUAUUUAUAAAAGAGAGUGUCUCUGGAAAUACACAAGUGGUGAGAGAAGGGAGGGGAGGAGAAGGCCUCUGAGGUAAACCGUGAAGGAAAGGUGACUGUGGGUAAUGGGCAGAGAGGCAAUCACUGAACUGCUCCUAUUUCUUGAGGUCACUCUGGGCGAAGGGCAGUGCCUGGGGUCCUACUUGCCCGCCCAGGCACAGGCACGGAGUGAGACCGUCCUGCCCCGCCCCUCCUCCCAACCUUUCACCUUCCUUUCCAGCCCCACCCUGCUCCCGUGGCCCCAGCCCUUGGCAACGCUGCGCAGCGCGUCAGUCAGCGUCAGAGGGCGUGGGGUGGCUAGAGGCCCCCGUGGCCUCUGAUCUCACAGAGCGGAUCCGCGCGGGUGUCCAGCGCCCCGAUGUGGGCAGUAGGGGCUAGCCGCUGGGGCAGGCUGCCCCAGCAAGAGGAGCGGCGGCUCCAAACCACAGAAUCUCCAACACUGGAAAGCGUGGUCUCGGUCACCCUAAGCAACAGGUAUCCUGCCGAUCAUCGCUUGUGGUGGAGCGCCCGGCGCCAAUCGUUGUCAGUCCCCCUCUACGCCACCGUCCGAUUCCCCCGGCGCCCCCACCGACCCCAGAGCCGGCCCUCAGCCCCUUCGUCAGCUGAGGCAUACCCUUGCUGCCCAUCCCAGCCAGGGAUCACCACCGCUGCCCUCUACCAUGCGUCGGGCCGGGUACCGAGGACUGCCCGCCAAGUUUUGCGGACUAUGGCCCUAAAGCUCAUCCACAAGGAGUUCCUCCACCUGGCCGGCGACUCCUAGCCCCGCUGUUCAGCAGGGCCAGUGUGGGACGAUAUGCUCCACUGGCAGGCCACCGAAACGAGGCCCAAAGACCCCUCCUACCUGGGAGGGGUCUUCUUCCUAAGAAUCCAGUUUCCCUCCGACUGCCUGUUCAAACCACCCAAGAUCAAAUUUACCAACGGAAUUUACCAUCAACAUCAACGGAAAUACAGGAUAGGAGGAAGUAUGGCAGAAUAACUGGAGACUGGACUCAGUAGUGUACCAUGUAAUUUCAAAAUAUAAUUCCAUCGCCUUAAUAAUAAAGAUGCAGAAAGUGACAGUUCA